UCUUUGAGUACUUUGUUUUCUUCCCCCCAAUUCAUCGCCGUUCGAUUCCAUCAUCACAAACAAUCUCAAUCUUCAUCUCUUUAGAUUCCUCGACUUCUCAAGUGUGUAACAAGGACCAUGGUUGCUCCAUCAUCAGGAUCUAACUCUCUCAAGGAGUAUUUAAAAAGAUAUGAAAGUAAUGUAGACGAAGAGAAAAAGAAGAAGAAAAAGAGAAAGAAGACCGAAACUAAGUCGGAUGUCAAUAAUGUUCUCAUUGUUGACGAGCCGGUUUGGCAAAAGCCGGUUCAGGUUGAAGUAGAAGACGAUGAGUCACAAGAUGAAGAGAAGCCUCAAGUUAAUGAAGAUAUAGAAGUUAAAAGAAUUAAACGAUUAGAAGAGCGGAAAAACCGACGCCCAUUUGGGGCUAUUUCAGAAGAUGGAAGUGGUUGGGUUCCAGUCUCUGAAAAUGCUAAUAGUUUGAACUCAGAUGACCCUAAUUCUGAUAUCUCUCCCCCACGUAAACGUAGAGCUCGCAACGAUACACCUUCUCCAGGACAUGAGCUAGAUCCUUCUAGAACUGUACUAAAUUCUGAUAUAUCUCCACCCCAUAAACAAAGGAACCAGAAUGAUACACCUUCCCCAGAGCCACAUGCGCAUGAUAUGUCUCCACCUAGAAAACGAAGGGCACGUUUCGAUACACCAUCCCCAGAACCUAACUCAGAUCCUGAUCUUUCUCCUCCCCGCAAGGGUCGGACUCGCGAGUCGCUAAACUCAGAUAUUUCUCCUCCUCGAAACAGCCGGACACGAGAUUCGGUAAACUCUGAUCUUUCUCCUCCACGGCGUGGUCAACGUCGAUCCUCAAAUAAAAGUCACCCACAUGCAUCUGUAGUGGAAGAUCUUUCGCCCCCAAGGAAAAAGAGUGGAAAUGGACAUCAACAAUCAAUUCCAGCUACUGACCUUUCUCCACCAAGAAGGACUGCGAAGGAAUCUGAGAGGCCAAAAACUGGUUUAGUUAGUGGUAAAUAUAUGAAGGAAGAGAUUGCAAAAACAAAGAAGGCAGACUUUUUGAGGUUUCAAAAUAUGGAUCCUUCUAUAAGUGGUCGAGGUGCUGAAGGCGUACGCCGUGACAAGAGAACAGGGCAACGCAUGACAAAGGAGCAGAUCGAAUCUCUUCAAAAGAAAGAUGAGAAGCCAAAGGAAAUAAAAUUGGAAUGGGGAAAGGGUCUAGCUCAAAAGCGGGAGGCGGAAGAAAGAUGGCAAGAGUUGGAACUUGAGAAGUCCAAACCAUUUGCAAGGACAAGAGAUGAUCCCGAUCUUGACAAAAUGCUGAAGGACACACUGAGAUGGGGUGACCCAAUGGCACAUUUAGUUAAGAAGAAGCAUUCUGAGCUGGUUCUUCCAGACAUGGGAGAUAAUGAAAGGAUGAAAGAAUCUGGAUUUAUAGUUCCUCAGGAAGUUCCCAAACACAGCUGGUUGAAGAGGCGGUUAGACGCUGCACCAAACCGCUAUGGUAUUACACCGGGACGACACUGGGAUGGUGUUGAUCGUAGCAACGGUUUUGAGAAACAAAUGUUUAAUAGGAAAAAUGAGAAACAAGCGACAGAAAGAGAAGCUUACUUAUGGUCGGUAGCAGAUAUGUAAAGUUUGGCGAAACGCAAAAGUUUGAUGCUUGUACCCGCACUUAAGACCGAAAUUUGUAAUUUGAUAGCAGACGUGUUGCAUUUUGCUAAGCAAGCUUGCAAAUAUAAUGAAUGCCUAAAAUGGUUGUGGGCUUAAUUAUAUAGUUGUAAUCUAUAUAACUAUAUAAUGGUGGAGUUUAAAAAAACCAUUUGUAUAUUUACAUUGCAUAUUACUUUCUCUAAUAAAUGCUUAAUAAAUGAA